UCCACAGAAGAGUUGAGUUUGGACAGUGUGUCUGUUGUGUCCUUACACUAUUUUGUAUAUAAUCUGUCAUAAAUAAUAUACAUAUUUACAGCUGGUAAAAAAAUGGUCGGGGUGAAAGUAAUCGGGAAUGAUUCAGAAUUCCAACCUGAACUAGCAGACGCCGGAUCAAGGCUUGCGGUAGUGAAGUUCACAAUGGCAGGGUGUCGACCCUGUGUCAGGAUAUCCCCUGCUUUCAACAUGUUGAGUAACAAGUACCCUCAUGUCAUUUUUCUCGAAGUAGAUGUACACGUCUGUCAGGCAACGGCUGCCGCCAACAACAUCUCUGCCACGCCAACGUUUUUGUUUUUCCGUAACAAAGUGCGCGUCGACCUGUAUCAGGGUGCAGAUGCCUCAGGACUAGAGGAGAAGAUCAAGCAGCAUGUAGAAAACGACCCUGGAAGCAACGAGGACUCGGACAUUCCCAAGGGAUAUAUGGACCUGAUGCCGUUUGUGAACAAAGCCGGCUGUGAGUGUCUAAAUGAGAGUGAUGAAAGCGGCUUUGAAAACUGCUUAGUCAAGGACGCCACCUACCUGGAGUCUGACUGUGAUGAACAGCUCCUAAUUACUAUGUCCUUCAACCAGCCUGUCAAGCUGUUCUCCAUGAAGCUCCUGUCCUCUGACUUCGCCCAGGCACCAAAGUGUGUGAAGAUCUUCAUUAACCUUCCUCGCUCCAUGGACUUUGACGAUGCUGAGCGUAGCGAGGCCACACAGACCCUGGACCUGGCUGAGGAGGACUUCAAGGACGACGGACUGAUCCCACUGAGAUACGUCAAAUUCCAGAAUGUCCAGAGCGCCACCAUGUUUGUGAAGAACAACCAAGGGGAUGAAGAGACAACGAAAAUCAAUUACCUUACUUUUAUUGGGACCCUGUACAGGCAACGAACAUGAAUGACUUCAAACGGGUUGUGGGCAAGAAAGGAGAGAGUCACUGAUAAGGAAGAGCGGAGGAGAAGACUGCCCGUAUUGCUGCGACGAUCUCUCCCAGGACUUAGCCUCUUGUCUGUCUGCCAAAGCUGCCACUGGGAGGGUUAGGGUCUGCUCCA